GUCUGUCAAGUGAAAACAACGAGUGAAUACACGUGCUGUGUGUUUUUACUCUCGAUUUUGUAUUUAUUUCCCAUUAAACUCUGCAAUGAUUAAAUAGUUUACAACUCAAAAUGUUUGUAACUGAUGUAAAUGACGUUAAAAUCUACAACCUGAGUGCUGGAAAGUCCCUCCCAGAAUGGUUAACAGAUGAAAAACGCCGUAAAGCUCUCAAGCAGAAUGUGGAUCUUCGUAAGCGUAUCGAACUGAUUCAGGACUUUGACAUGCCCGAUGAAUGUGGAACAAUUCAAAUGUCACCGGAUCAACAGUUUAUCAUAGCAACUGGAACGUAUAAACCCCGUGUGAAAUGCUUUGAAGUCAAUAACUUGUCCAUAAAGUUUGAACGGUGUUUCGAUUCGGAAGUGGUUCGUACUGAGGUGCUCAGUGAUGACUACAGUAAAAUGGUAUUUCUCUCCUGCGAUCGUUACAUUGAAUUUCAUGCAUCACACGGCCGGCAUUAUCGACUAAGAAUUCCGAGAUGCGGUUACGAUAUGGGCUACCACAUACCGACAUGUGAUCUAUUUUUCGUUGGUGCAUCACCAGAAAUUUAUCGUUUGAAUUUGGAACGAGGACAAUUUAUGCAAUCGUUCGAGACUCAAUCGAAGCAAAGCGUAAAUGCUUGCGACAUCAAUCCGGAACAUCAUUUGUUGUGCGUUGGUACCCAUGAAGGAACAGUCGAAGCAUGGGAUCCUCGGGAUAAAAAUAGAUGUGCCACUUUGGAUGUGGCCAUGAAAGUACCGAACUUGACUACAUUUCCAUCCAUUUCAACAAUCAAAUUCAAAAAUGGACUGCAAAUGGGAGUCGGAACGCAAUCGGGACAUGUUCUCAUCUACGAUAUUCGAUCGAAUCAACCGUUGCUGGUGAAAGAUCAUUACAACAAGUUGAAAAUCAAACGAAUCGCUUUCAAUCCGUCAAACAAUGCAGUCUAUUCAAUGGACGAAGCCAUUAUGAAGAUUUGGGACGAAAGCAGCGGCAAGCAGAUAGCCUACAUAGAAAGUGAAUCAAAGUUUAAUGACAUGUGUACGAUACCGAACACCGGUAUGAUGUUCUUUGCACAGCAAACCUCCAAGAUGUUAACGUACUACAUACCAAGUCUGGGUCCAGCACCGCGAUGGUGUUCAUUCUUAGAUAAUUUAACGGAAGAAAUUGAAUCGGAGACUGUUCAGAACAUCUACGACGACUACAAAUUCGUUACCAAGCAGGAAUUGGAGCAGUUGGGAUUGGAACACUUGGAAGGAACAAAUUUGCUGCGAGCAUACAUGCACGGCUUUUUUAUCGAUAUUCGUUUGUAUAAUAAGGCUCGGUCCGUUGUCGAACCGUUCGAGUUCGAUAAAUAUCGCAAAGAGAAGGUUCGACAGAAAAUCGAAUCCAGCCGACCGAAUCGUCUCACCAUCAAAUCGAAUCUGCCGAAAGUCAAUCAAGAGAUCGCCCUCAAACUUAUGGACGAAAAGGGCGGUAAAAAGAAGAAAGGUCGACCAACGACCAGUUUGCUUGACGAUAAUCGAUUCAGUGCAAUGUUUGAAAAUCCUGAAUUCGAAAUCGACAAGGAUGCGGAUGAGUAUAAAAUGUUGACGCCGGUGUUGAGUCGACUGGACAAAUCCAAAUUGAAGGAAUUGAAGAAACAGCAGACAUUGAAAGAUUUGAUGGACGAAGAUGAAGAGGCGAAGAGCUCCGACGAUGAUCUGUUCUCCGAACGUGACGGCAGUUCCGACGACGAAGAUGAACGGCAAUGGUCGAAGGAGGUGAAGAAACAAUACAAACAAAUCAAAAAGAAAAAUGCGGCCGCUGAACGAAAUGCGGAAAAGGAUGAAGAUGAGGCGAGCGAUGACGGUGAACCGAAAAUGGUUGAAGUUCCAACCAAUGAGUUCAAAGUGAAAGCUAUGCGAAAUAGAAACGACAGGUCAACUUUAGGCGACCGAGUAAGCCGUGAUCAAGACGUAAAGUAUACGGUUACCGGUUCAGGAAAUCGUCAAAUGAGUUUCAGUACGAAGAAAAUUCCGAAAGAUGUGCGACAUAGGGAGAUGGAUAUGCGCAAACAUCGAGAGGAUCGGAAACGAGUCAUUCGACCGACGACCAGUUUAAGGUUAAAGAAAUAUGUUCCGAGGUAAAUAAAUUUGUUUAACUGAAA